GGAGCUGCCGCAGCCUGUCAGCCGUGCCCCCUUUACCUGCCCAGGGAUGAGAAAGAGAGCCGAGCCGGUGCCCCCGGAACAUGAGAGCUUCGGCAGGGCCCCACUGGACAGGGAGUGCAGUAUAAAGCAGAAACUGAGAAUCCCUGGGACAAAGGGGCAUUAUCCACACGAUUCCGACUGCGACAGCAAGGGCAUGAAGAGGUUCGGCAGGCGUUAUGGUUUGUGGUCCCGGCUCCGAAUGUUUCUAAUCUUUCUACUUGGAUUGUAUAUAGCUAUUCCAUUCCUUGUAAAGAUCUGCCCUGCUAUUCAAACUCAGCUGGUGUUUUUAAAUUUAGUAAGGUUUCCAUAUUUUAUUGACUUGAAGAGGCCUGAGGAUCAAGGCUUAAAUCACACUUGCAAUUUUUACUUACAGCCAGAGGAGGAUGUGUCUAUUGGAGUUUGGCACACCGUUCCUGCAGUUUUAUGGAAAGACGCUCAGGGGAAAGACCUAGAGUGGUAUGAGGAGGUUUUGUCUACAAGUUACCCUGUGAUCCUCUACUUGCACGGAAAUGCAGGCACACGAGGAGGUGAUCACAGAGUGCAGCUUUAUAAGGUGCUCAGUUCCAUGGGUUACCACGUCAUUUCAUUUGACUACAGAGGAUGGGGAGAUUCUGUAGGUUCUCCAUCAGAGAGCGGCAUGACCUAUGAUGCGCUGCACGUUUUUGAUUGGAUAAAGGCACGGAGCGGCGACAAUCCAGUUUACAUAUGGGGGCACUCAUUAGGCACAGGGGUUGCAACCAAUCUAGUAAGAAGACUUUGUGAAAGAGAAACCCCUCCUGAUUCUCUGAUCCUGGAAUCUCCAUUUACCAAUAUUCGGGAAGAGGCAAAGAGUCAUCCAUUUUCUGUGAUAUAUAGAUACUUCCCGGGUUUUGACUGGUUUUUCUUAGACCCCAUCACAGCAAGUGGCAUUAAGUUUGCCAACGAUGACAAUGUGAAAUAUAUUUCCUGUCCCCUGCUCAUUUUACACGCAGAAGAUGAUCCUGUUAUUCCAUUUCAUCUUGGAAAAAAGCUUUACAACAUUGCAGCCCCGGCACGAAGUUUACGUGAUUACAAAGUCCAGUUUGUUCCAUUCCAUAAAGAUCUGGGAUACAGGCACAAAUACAUCUACCGUAGUCCAGAGUUGCGCCAGAUACUGAGGGAUUUCCUGGGAAACACAGAGCAACAAUAAACCCAACAAAACCAGACAACCCAGCUGUCCCUUAGCAUGAAGACUUGUGGACCAGCAGCCUAGGAAACUUUUGCAGCCAGCGAACAAACCCAGAGCUUUGGAGUCACUACUGCUGUGUGUUCCCUGUCUGUGCUUUAUGCCAUGGGGUCCAAACAGUUCCAUUCUCACUGGGUCCCACUACAGGAUGAGUGCGUGUCCUGCUUACUGUUUAUCUGCUAGCCUUGCAACAUGCAUGGCUGGACUGGGUUGGUACCAAGCUCUAUGGAACAUCUGCUGUCAUUAAGAAAUGGUUAUUGGGACAGCUACUUUCAUUGAGAAUUGGUCAGUAUGCCAUGGAAUUACCCUUGGAUGCUAGUGGAACACAUAAGAUGCUGGUUUGGAUUGACUCCCAGUUGUAGUUUUCCAUUGGCAGGGUUUGGAAAGGUGGGACCAUAUGCAGUGUGACGCCACAAGUAUCCCAGCAGUAACUUACAAUAAUGGGGGUUUUGGCGCUGGGGUUUGCAUGGGAUAAACAUGCUGGGGGGUUGCAUGGGAUAAACAUAGGAUAUUACAUUUUAGGAGGCUGCGCAGGAUUUUUACCCAAAAUACAACCGUCUUGCUGGUCAAGUAGCACAUCUAUUUCUAGGUUCCCAUCCCAAAGCCACCCUAAUAUUUUAAAACAUGUAUUUUAUUUCAUAAUGACACUGAAGUUGAAACCACACUCCAUUGCACUUUAAUUUAUUGGUAUGUUCCAAAAUUUAUCUUGUAGAGAACCUGUCCUCUAAUAUACAUGCUAAACAUGUCAGGCCAGAAAAUGAGCAUGUAUGUACAUUAUAGUCAUACUGGCAAGGUUUAGGGUCUGGGACAUUAUCCCAGCUCUUUAUAACGGAGCAGAUCUAAUGGUAAGUGCACCCCCUGCAUUUUGAAUAUAGUGACUUUCCAGGUUAAAAUCCUGGCCAGAAUGGAUUGCCAGUAGAGUUGGUGGGAGGCCUUGCCGGGGCGGCCCGCUAUUUGUGCUGGGUGCUUCAUGGACCAGUUCCCACUGACUGUACUGGAAAGCUAAUUUCCUAUUUGAACAACUUUUUUGUGUGCAAAAUCACCAUUCAUGCAUUGGGUGUCAAUACACAGAUUGGGUGUCAGGGACAUCACCCUUAAUGCCUGCUCACUGUGAUGGUAUGACUUCUUGUCUGGGUGCCUACAGACACAACCCUGGCCUUGUGCUAUAAUUAACAUUGAGGUAUUUCAUGUACAGAUUUUUUUUUUUUCGUCUUAACCCUGCAUAUAUGUCCUGCGUUGCCUUUGUCUGCACAGAAUUAACAAGAUUCACUGUUAUUCCCAGUGAUAUAUUCCUGGAUAUGGUAUAACUGAUACGUUCCAUCUCGUGGAUGUGAAGCGAGUUCUGUUUGUUUGGGGCUAUUUGUGUUGUGUUCCGGUGGUGCACAUCUCCUUACCUAGUCUGUCUCUGAAAUUGGCACAUUUUAAAUCUGGAUAAUGUCACUUCAAUUAGGCACUGAACUAAUGUGUGCAUGAGCCUAUUUACAGAGUUCGUGAUGGCGCGUGGCCUGGUCAUGUGACCCACACGUCAUUGCAUUGGAUAGCUCUGCACAUGCUCCAGCCCAAGGCAGGAGGGUUGGUAUAGAAGAUGAUCCCAGGUCAUCCAAGGAGAAAGCUGCAGAGCCCAUAAUGUUAAGCUCCUUACCCUUUAAAAUGCACCAAUCGGCAUUGGCCACCCCAUGUUUGUCGUGCUGUGAGAGUUCGGGAAUGUUUUAUUUUACUUGCCAACAGCCAGUGAUUUCCCCCCCCCCCCCAUUAAUUAAAUGUUAAAUUGUUACAUUGAGUUUCAAGUAGUACAGUUAGUAGUUAAUGUGUUAAAUACAACAGAGAGACUGCAAUGGCGGCUUGCUUAUAGCUCCCAGCAUUCUUUGUUUGACUUGCAUCUCACUGACUGAUGGAGCAAGAUGUUGGAGGGCCCUGGUACAAGGAAGUGGGAAAGGUCAAUAUAAACCCCAGUUGUUCCCAUAAAGCAAUUGUGGACAGGUCCACACUGGAGGAUGUAGUACCCAGUGCGACAGACAUCCCAGCCUGACAAGACCCUUAGUGAGUGACUGCUGCAAUGUGACUGGCACUGACAGACCCUUAGUGAGUGAUUGCUGCAAUGUGACUGGCACUGACAGACCCUUAGUGAGUGACUGCUGCAAUGUGACUGGCACUGACAGACCCUUAGUGAGUGACUGCUGUAAUGUGACUGGCACUGACAGACCCUUAGUGAGUGACUGCUGCUAUGUGACUGGCACUGACAGACCCUUAGUGAGUGAUUGCUGCAAUGUGACUGGCACUGACAGACCCUUAGUGAGUGACUGCUGCAAUGUGACUGGCACUGACAGACCCUUAGUGAGUGACUGCUGCAAUGUGACUGGCACUGACAGACCCUUAGUGAGUGACUGCUGCUAUGUGACUGGCACUGACAGACCCUUAGUGAGUGACUGCUGCUAUGUGACUGGCACUGACAGACCCUUAGUGACAGAAUCACAAAAACCUUAUAACUUGACUAUUUGGUCCUUAGAUUUGGGAGGCACCUGGGGGUUUAUCUUCAUCAGUAAAGGUGUUUCAUUUUGGGUUGAUUUUAUAGGCAUUGAUGACGUGGGAGGCUUACCCAGAAUUAUUGCUAUUCAGUGCAAUGGGAAUAGACCAACCUCCAGCAUUUUGCCAUGGAUACCUCUCCUAGCAACAGAAUAUGCCUGUGCAUAAGACACACAUAGAAAUGUGCAGCUUGGGUGCCAUUGGCCCAGAUUAUAUAGAGCUUCAUGUUCUCCCCGUGCUUGCAUUGGUUUCCUCCAGGUACUCCAGUUUCCCUCCACACUCCAAAAAUAUACAGUCUGGUUAAUUGGCACUAUGAUGUGUGAAUGAUAGAGACAUUAGAGUGUAAGCUCCACUGGGGCAGGACUCAUGGAAAUGAUUUCUGACCGUUACACCACAAACUGACUGUGUCUGCUUUGCCCUAUGCUGACAGAGAGAAGACACCACACAUAUCAUUAGCCUUAUACUACACUGUGUGGCUUUCCAACUAGGUGGGGAGCCUGCAGCCUUCCCAGCAUUUCUGUCGCAGGGGAGCUUACAAUCUAAGGUAUCACAAGAAGUUAUUUGUUAACCGAAGAGCAAGACAUCUCUUCUACUCUCAUUACUAUUGGCUGAUCACCUGCUUGCUACAUCCAAUAAAAAGCCCUCCUGAGAGGCGCACCUCCUGUUACUACCAGGUGUGCUCCCGGCACAACUUUACCUGUAGAUUUUCACAUGGGAAGUGGUAACAGGCGGAGAGUGGCAUUUUGGGUGCCAUUGAUGGUAACAGUGGUGAAUUUGUAGCAGUUAUUUGCUAUGAAGGUUCAGAGCUCAUACAGAGAUUACACACAAGCAGUUCUACUGGCAGACAUGGCCCAACACAACCAAUAGUAAGACUGGCAGUGACUGCUUUGCCUUUGGCUGUCUCUCUCGGCGUCUCGUCCCUAGCAGGCAUGCUGUGCAGUAGGUACAGAGGGUAACACCCUGUAGGACUAUUUUUUGUGCUAAUCUUGUAUAUAUUUUUUGUACAAACAGAUCUGUUAUUGACAUUCCAUGUCUGGCUGCUGCUGCUGCUGCUGCUAAUAACUCUACUAAACGUACAGAUCAAAUUGGCAUUACUGUUUGGUUAUAAAACGCAUGGACACAUUCUGUUAUUUAUUCACACUUAGUAGGGCAGGGGCACGGAGAAGGCAGCCAUUUCCUAUGCUCAUAUGUAGUUCCAAAUAAAAGACCAACUUCUGCCCAAGU